AUGGAUCUCCAAGACGAAUUGGCAGAGAAGUUGACGCAAAACGGAGGCGAUGGAGCCGAUCUCUCAGUGGACGAAAAAGAAUUGGCGCGGUUGUUGCUGCUGCGCCAAAACCUCAUGGCCGAGCAGUCCCGAGCAUUCAUGGAGCUGCUAUUCUCAGAAAACUCAACGCUCCCGAUCAGAGUGAAAAAUGUCCAGGUGACCAAUGGCGGUCUGUUCCGCGAUACGUUCUUGGAGAGGCAGUUCCAGCCAUUGCUUCUGCGGGACUUGCUCACGUUGGCAGACUUCUUCAAGGCCAUAGAUGCCUCGUAUGAGCGAUUGCAAAAGCACCAAGUGCUCCAGAAUUGCUUGGUUCUGCUCCAUCCGCUUCCGCGGAAACCAUGGCAGACACGAUCUAGUACAGUCGAGGUGGUUCCUGUGUUUAAUUUGCUUCCGCAGAAACGUUUCUAUGCUAAAACAGGUACCAAUGUAGGCAAUGGAGAGGGAGAUGGAUACAUCCAAUUCCAGUUGCGAAACGUCUUUGGUGGUGCAGAGAACUUGGUCUUUGACGCUGUCACGGGAACAAAGACGCCGGCGUCGUACCUCUGUGACUACUCGCAGCCCUUGUUGCUGGACGCACGCUUCUUGUGGAACACGCUGCUUUUUGUUAAUACCCGUAAGCUUGAGGCGAUCCAAAGCAGUGUCGACACCAAGGGCAUCACAAGUAAAAUACUGACUCGAUUGGAUCGUCGAACGAAUUUCAGUGUAGCCUUUGAGAACUGCUGGCGCAGUUUGACAAACCAUGGCCUGCGCUCGCUUGAGGUCAUGAGCCAACUGGCCAAUACAUACAAGUCAUCUCUUUUGCUCAAUGCCGAGUAUGAUACCCGUGAUAAUCGAGUCUUGCCGACUGUUGGCAGUUUUGCUCGCUUGGGAUUAGAGCACAGUGGAUUGUUCAAAUUCAACAACAUUGCGUAUUCCAAAUUGGUUUGGGAGAGUCAACUGGCUCACAAGCUCAACGAAAACCACUCGGUGAUGUUUUCAACCCGCGCUGGUGCUUUAUUCAACACCCGUGGACAUGGUAGCAAUAUCCUAGACCGUUUCAAUGUGGGUGGUCCAAACGACGUCCGUUCAUUCUUCUUGCAUGGUAUAGGUCCCAAAGAUAAUAAUUCGAGCUUAGGCGGCGAUUAUUUUGUGAGCGGAGGUUUAUCUCUCAUUAGCAAGAUUCCGCGCGUGGCUUCAGACUCAAACUUUAAGCUUCAUCAGUUCGUGAACAUAGGAAAGCUCUUCAGAAACAAGCAGGAACUCAGUGAGUCUUUUGCAAAAAAUUAUUCGAUUGGAAUUGGAAGCGGAAUCUUGUACAAUCAUCCCAUGGCUCGAUUCGAGCUUAAUUUCGUACUUCCCAUUUCCGCCAACUCGACUGAUGCUCUCCACAAGGGCUUACAAUAUGGUGUCGGGGUCUCAUUCUUGUGA